UCCGCUUCCAUUCGUCGUCACAGUGACAAUCGGUCGGCAGAUUUAUUUUGGUUCUCCCUUUUUCGCACCGCAGUUUCAAUUUGCGUGCCCACAUUAUCACAUGUUUCGGCCGUGUUGCUAUCACUAGUAUAUCGCUCAUUUCAGUGGUGCUCCACUUUAUUGCACUGCUCGCUGUUAUCAUUCGGAAGAGACGUGAACACAGGGCAAUUUCUUGCAAGUGGCUUCGAGUGGGCCAUUUACUGUGUGUUUCCUUUAUGGGAUUAGUGGCAAAGAGACUACCAAAAAUCAAUCUUGUCUCAAUCAAUGCGAGAGUGUGUUUGCAAAAUGUUUCUUCCGGCUGAUUUACUUUGACAGUGGCUUUAAAAAAAAUAUGUGUGCUCUGCAUAAAUGAACUAUUUAUAGCAGCAAGUUAUCCAACCGUGAAAAUUAUUUAUUUUUGUGACCGAUCACAGGAGAUAUAUACUUUAUAUCUGUCGAGUGUGAACAUAUUAAUUUUUCAUUCUUCCUCCCGUAUCAGCCAAAAAGACAAUGACACUCCAGUCAAUUCGGUAUGAUAAGGGGACUCUGGAAAUCCUGGAUCAGCUGCUACUGCCCGUGCAGUCCAAGUACAUUGCCGUGAAAGGAGUGGAGGAUGGCUGGCGGGUGAUCAACAAAAUGCAGGUUCGUGGGGCUCCUGCAAUUGCCAUUGUGGGGUGCCUGUCCUUGGCUGUGGAAAUCUAUCCAGAGGAGUAUGAGAGCAAAAAGACGCUGCGCCAGGAGAUUGAGGGCAAAUUGAACUAUUUAGUGUCCAGUCGACCGACGGCUGUGAAUAUGAAGGGCGCUGCCGAAGAGAUGAUCGCUCUGGCUAAUGAUUUGGCCAAGAAUGACUCAGUGUCUGUGUCAGACAUGAAACAGAGGUUUUUGGCGGCCACAGAAGCGAUGCUUCAGAAAGAUAUUUCAGAUAACAUGGCGAUUGGCACUCACGGUGCAGCUGCAAUUUUAUCUAAUGUCUCUGGCGAUGGACCAAUCCGUGUCUUAACGCACUGCAACACGGGGUCAUUAGCGACAGCCGGGUACGGAACGGCGCUGGGCGUUGUGAGAAAAUUGCACGAACUGAAGCGAUUAGAGCACGUUUACUGCACGGAAACGCGUCCGUACAACCAAGGCGCCCGACUCACGGCCUUCGAGUUGGUGCACGACAAGCUUCCGGCAACGCUUGUCCUGGACAGCAUGGUGGCCGCCCUGUUUCGCUGUCGCAACAUUGGGGCUGUUGUGGUGGGCGCCGACCGGGUGGCCGCGAACGGUGACACGGCCAACAAGAUUGGCACGUACCAGAUCGCCGUGGUGGCGAAGCAUCACGGCGUGCCUUUCUACAUCGCCGCUCCGCUCACGUCUAUCGACCUGAAGAUCUCGUGCGGCGACCACAUAAUCAUUGAGGAGCGGCCAGAUCGCGAGAUGACGCACGUCGGGGAGCACCGGAUCGCCGCGCCCGGCAUCACGUGCUGGAAUCCAGCCUUCGAUGUCACCCCGGCCGCUCUCAUCUCUGGCAUCAUCACAGAGAAGGGUGUUUUCUCACCGGGAGAGCUGCAGGAGCAAGUGCUGCUGCACUCACAGCCCACCAGUGAUUCCUAACUCGCCGCACAAUCCGAACCCCCGAUGAAAGUGCCCCCAAAAUCUCUGUCAGCCACAUAGAGAUCCGUGUCAUGUCACGUUAAUGGUCUUUUCUUCCAUAAUGUAUGAAAUAAUUCACUUUUUUGUAAAAACACGCGAAAUAUUAAAUAAUUGCUAUAUUUGUAACUUCCCACAUGAGACUUUUGCUGUCCUGUGUCGUAAAUCCUGAGUGAAAUUUGUCAGGAGAGUAUAUUUCUGGGUUGUGCACUUGAUUCAUUUCUGUAGAAUGGCCAUAAAUAAGGUGAGAUUGCACAUGCAUUAAUGUUAGAAUUCAAUAUGAAUUGGAUGAAGAAAUUUCACAAAAUUAUUAUGCAUCUGUUAUCGUUUUAUUAAAAUAAGUUCAAAAUUAGAUGUCUUUCAUCAAAUUUUCAAGGUGCUGAAAUAUACAUAUUAUAUGUACAGAUUGUUGACAAGUUUAUAAAUCUGUGUAGUUUCCGUUUAUUCUUAUUUUAAAUUAUUUGAGCUCAAAUUUACA